AUGCCAGUUCCUGCGGAUCCUGCAUCCACUCAUGGCACACCGCGCGGGCUGCCGCUUCCUGUGCACGAGACUCCUGCUUUCUUGAGUGAGAAGCAGCUGCACAACAUCGUCAAGACCCAGUUCCAGAAGAGUUCCGAAGCUGCGCUGGCGGAUCCUCUGGUAUGGGGCGAUUUCCGUGAUGCUUUGGACAUCCUUGUCAAGAGUGACACUCCCUACUCCGCGCCGCGGGUGUAUGAGGACCCGAUCAGAGGUACUGAGUUUCUGGGAGGUGUCUUCCGGCACUUGGCCGUAGAGUAUGGCGAGUCCACUCCCAUUGACAGCGCUGCGAUCAAAGAUUGCGAUCCGGCGGCGCACAACUUGACUGAGUCGCAGGCCUACGACUGGGCCUGCCCAAUCCACUGUGCGGGAGGCACUUACUUCGCGGAGGCCGCCAAGUCGUGUCUGUGCGAGUGCCUUGGCGAAGAUCCCGCCACUUUCCUUGGCCUGGCGCUGGUCGUCUUGAGCGUGCGGGUCAGCGACGCCGAUGAAGACUUCCACGCGACUUGCCAGUUAGCCUAG